AUGGCCGUCGCCAACCGCGGCUCCAACCAGCUCUCGCUCGAGCAACCCAAGAACGGCGUCGAAUACGUCCUUUCUUCGAUGGACAAGAUGGCAAACUGGGCGCGUCAGUCGAGUUUCUGGCCCAUGACUUUCGGUCUUGCGUGCUGUGCCGUAGAGAUGAUGCACGUUGCCACCGCACGAUACGACCAGGAUCGUCUGGGUGUUGUGUUCCGUGCCUCGCCUCGUCAGUCGGAUUGCAUGAUCGUCGCAGGUACUCUGACCAACAAGAUGGCGCCAGCGUUGAGGAAGGUGUACGACCAGAUGCCCGAGCCUCGCUGGGUGAUUUCGAUGGGCUCGUGUGCCAACGGCGGUGGAUACUACCACUACUCGUACUCGGUCGUCAGGGGUUGCGACAGGAUCGUGCCAGUGGACCUUUACGUGCCGGGUUGCCCACCUACUGCAGAGGCCCUUCUGUACGGGUUCUUGCAGUUGCACAGGAAGAUCAGGAGGAACAGGAAGACCACUCUCUGGUACCGAAAGUGA